GUGUGUGAGUCGUGAGCCAGCCAGCGAGCGUGUGCGCCGUAGGAAUCCGCGCGACCGGCUCUUGAGGCGUUUAAAUCGGAGACACCGCAGACCGACUGGGGUGCAGGCAGCCCGCCACCCUGACACCACCGAGACCGACGCUCCCUCUCCCGGACUGACAGGCCAAUCGCAGGCCACCACUCGCCCUCCCUCCCUUUAUCCACAGCACGCUCUCACUCUCUCUCUCUCUCACUUACUCACACUCCCUCCUCCUCCUCUUCUUUCUCUCUCUCUUUCUCUCUCACUCUGGUUUUCAUUCCUUUGCGUUCAAUCCGUGCAUCCCCUCCUCCUCCACCUCCUCCUCCUCCACCUCCUCCUCCUCCUCACACCUUUUGGUCAGAAGAGGAAGAGGAAGCCCAGCCCAGGGAGAGACGCUGAGAGGAUGAAACUCUGACACGCCGACAGACCACAGGGAAACAAGAGCACAACUAUAAUUGCUAGAAGGCAGCGCCCAGGAAGGUCAGCCAAGAAUCCCGCCGUAGGUGCCAAAGUGAAAUCUACAGGACUACAAUUACUUGGACAGACUGAGGCGGCAGAGCAAAGUGAAUGACAGAAACUGAUUGGCAUAGUGUGGCAUUGGCAUUGGACUUCACUCUGAGCACCAGCAACAAGUGAUUUCUCCUCUUCUCAACACCUCCAGCCUCUGACAGGUGGCUAAAAUACAUUUUGCUGCAGUCCCCCAUCAACAGUGGUACAUUGCUUUGCUUUUGUGGAAAUAUCCUGUCUGCUUCUCCAAACUGUUGUAUCUGACGGAGGGACCGGUGCCGCGCUCCCAUCCCCGCGCUCCUUCAGCAACAACACUUGUUCGUCAGCACCUGUGGCAGCAGCAGCUAGUCGAGUGACUCAGCUUCAGCCCGACCGGCUUUACCUGUACAUGGAGACCCCCAGCUGGGCAGGAAACACGUUGUGUAAGUCAGGAAGCAUUGCUGUCUUCGGGAACGUGGUGUACAGCGGACUGCUGAACGAUCACCUCUGGCAUUUGGGAGUGCCCCUCUUUACAAGACUGGGUAACCAAGAGGCCACCAACCCCCCAGAAGCGAUGGCCCAGCCGUACACCCCAGCCCAGUACCCACCUCCCCCACAGAAUGGCAUCCCCGCAGAGUUUGCGGCACCACACCCGCUCCCAACGCAGGACUACACCGGGCAGAGCCGGGUUCCUGAGCACGCCAUGACCCUCUACACGCCCACACAGACGCACAGCGAGCCGGCUGGCACUGACAACAGCACGCCUGCCAUCACCGCCACCACGACCGCACCGGUCAGUGUCCUUCAUCAUCUGCAAACACUGUUCUCAACACGCUGUCAGCAAACAGAUGAUGUGACGCAAACAGAGGGCUCUCAGCAGCUCCAGCUCCAGCACUCAGACUCUUCAGAGAAGCAGCAGCCCAAAAGGUUACAUGUCUCCAACAUUCCCUUCCGCUUCCGGGACCCUGACCUAAGGCAAAUGUUUGGGCAAUUUGGAAAGAUUUUAGAUGUGGAGAUUAUCUUUAAUGAGCGAGGAUCCAAGGGCUUUGGGUUUGUAACUUUUGAAACAAGCACAGAUGCUGAUCGUGCACGGGAGAAACUAAACGGUACAAUCGUAGAGGGACGCAAAAUAGAGGUGAACAAUGCAACAGCACGAGUGAUGACAAACAAAAAAGUGGCCAACCCUUACACGAAUGGCUGGAAGCUGAACCCAGUGGUGGGAGCUGUCUAUGGUCCUGAACUGUAUGCUGUAACAGGGUUUCCCUACCCUGCCACAGGCGCUACGGUGGCCUAUAGGGGUGCCCACUUGCGAGGUCGGGGGAGGGCUGUGUACAACACAUUCCGCACAGCUCCGCCGCCACCACCAAUCCCAGCUUACGGAGCGGUGGUGUACCAAGAUGGCUUCUAUGGUGCAGAGAUCUACGGUGGCUAUGCAGCAUACAGAUUUGCCCAGCCCACCACCACCGCUGCUUACAGUGACAGCUAUGGCAGAGUCUAUGCAACAGCAGACCCCUACCACCACACGAUUGGCCCUGCUGCCACAUACAGUGUGGGGACUAUGGCUAGCCUAUACAGAGGAGGGUACAGUCGCUUCACUCCCUACUAAAAGAAAGAAAAAAGCGAGAAAAGACAGAGACAUUACCCCAACAAACAAACAAAAAAAACUAUCUUAAAUAAAAGAGAGAAAAAGACAAACACAAAACAAGCAAACGCCCGGUCCUUGGUGGAGAGCUAAAUCAAACUAAAAGCUUCCAGGUCCCCAUGCUGAGCCCCUCCCCUGACACCCUCUCAAGCCGAUAUUUCUACAACAACCUAUUUGAUGUCAUCAUUGGUCUGCUCUUGUUUUGUAUUCAUUUUGUGCUUUUGGUUUUCUUUUGGAAAGUUUUAUGCACAUGUGCAUUACCUUGAUUGCUGUAUAUGGGUGCUGUGUCACCAUAACCAAUGUGAGCCUACUGCAGCACGCAUGAUGCAUGCUCAGAGGUGUGUGUAUGCAGCCGCCGUCAUCUGACUAAGAAUAUACUGGGGCAUUUUUUUAAAUAAUAUAUACAUGGCAAACAGGAGACAUACCAGGUCUGAUCAGGCUGACGCCGAUCACUGAUCCAUUCCAAUUAUUUUUCUAACUUUCCAUUUAACACGCAGGAACAAAGAGCUCAGUCCACACGCUGAGUAACAUGCCUUGGUGAUUCUUAGUUCAAAGACGGCACUGCUCUGAUUGCUUUUGUUUUGGUUUUCUUUAAACGUUGGAGUGUCCUACUGUUGUGCACUUGCAGUGGAGCCUUACAAGCUGUACUAUGUGGUAUGACAGCAUGCAAAGUAAAGGGUCAUUAAGGUCGGAUUUCUGUCUUGGACUCACAAUGCUCACACUCUGGCCAAGUCUCCUGCAAACUGCUGGAUAUUUAUAUGCAACUAUUCUGCACAGGCGGUUAUGUUUUAGGGUGACAGGUAAAGCUAGCUGGGUUGUGUUCAGGGACAAAGUCCUGUGGCGUUUCAUACAAGUACAACCAAAGGUAAAUAGGGAGGGGGGGUGUUAGGCUUUUCCCACCAGCAUCCUGGAUUUGCAUCGCUUCUCAUGGUAGCAGUGACAUUCUUAAAACUUCACAGGGCCAAUUGCAAGUAAACACAGACCAAAUGAACCGUGUGCUCUUAGCUGCCUAAAAUGACUUUACUCUGAGGGGUAGCUGUCUUUCAUUACACCCUGCUUAGUAAACGGCCUUUUAACACGCUUGCAGAAAAUUUGUAAAUCAAUCAAUCAAUCAAUCCACAUUUUAUAGGGUUGCUCCUGAAAUCACAGAAGACAUUAUACAAGUUGUUUUUCACAGGCUGAAUAGCUCUCUUAAUGAUUCAACUCAACUCCAUGUUUAAAAUUGGCAGAGUGCCCUUUUUUAAGUUGGCAUUUCUAAAAGUUGGCACAGAAUGUUUUGCAGUUUGUCAGAUUAGAGUUCUGUCUGAAAUGUUGACCUUACUUAUAACGUUCAGGUUUUUUUGUGUUAGUAGCUGUGUGUCGACUCAGUUCUAUGGUUUUAUAGCUAUAUCAGAAUGUUGUUCUUGGCUGCAACAACAGGAGCAAUAAUAUAAUGCAGUCCUUUGAAACAUCACAACAAAUUACAAUUUCAGUACAGACUGUAGCUUGUAAAUAGGAUUUAUUACAAGACUGUUGGGCUGGUUUGGUGCAAUUAGUUGAUUGUAAGGAAAGUGACAAUUUUGAUAAUUAAUUAAUCACCGAAAAUGACCAAAAUGACCAAAAGUUACUCAUUUGAGUUUUUCUUUGUUUUAUUGUUUAUCAGAUCUUUUUGUUUUUUGAUUGUCAGCUGAACAAAAAAGCAGUUUGAAGUCGUCACCUCCUGAUGGCCACUCUGAGACAUUUUUGGACACAUUUAACAGACUAGCUGGGUAAUCAGUGAAACAGUUUCUAUUUGUCUGCAGUGUUUGUUUCCCUAAAAUCUAAUUGCUAAAUAGUUGCAUAUGAACUCAAUUUGCAGAAGACACGGCUGCACAUUACCACUAACACACCACGGCAGAUUAACUGUACACAAGGUGCACUAUGACACCAAACAGUUUCCACAUAAACUCACAAAUACACACACUCAGUAAUGACACAGCACCAAGGUGGGUGAACCCGACAGAGGGCUGUUCUGCUACGAGUCACCGGUCUCUUUUUUAAGCAUUGCACAAAAUGUUUUACCUCAGGAUAAGCUAACUGAAACUCACAAACUAGAAUACAGUGCUAUUCACUUCUCAGCAGGCAGGAUAGUUUCAUUUCUAACACAACCAGCAGGUUUGUCCUCUUUGCAACACAGCUUUCUACAAGAGAUGAUUUUUGUUGAAGCAGAGACCCCGAGAGAGGAUGAUAAAACAAGACUGUACUGUUCUUUAUUAAAGCUACUGUAUUAUAUAUAUAGACAUAUACUGUAUAACUAAUUUUACACCGCAUACACACACAAGUACAGUUAGAUAUUAUAUAAAAGCACCCAGGAGUUAGGAGACGUGAUGUAAAUGUGUGUAGAGUGCAGCAGUGCUCGCCUCUUAGUCGACAUACAGUGGUUGCAUUGGCUUCUAUUACAACUUUGUGCUACGUGAGGUGGAUUGAAAAAGAAAAUCUCUGUGUAGCUGUUAGCUGUCAAGAUUUCAGUGCAGCUAUGGAAAUACAACUCAAAGCUAUUGCCAAUAGUAUUUAAUUUAUAUGUACUCACAAAAGUGUUUGUGGUCUCAAAAAAAAACAACCUCUUGUUUGUUGCACUUUAUUUGUUUUCUGCUUUUUCAAAACUUUACGAGAUGUAACAUAUUUAUAAAAGUAUCAUAUACAGCUAGUUAUGUUUAGUCAAGAUGUUAAAAUGAUAUAGAGUAAUGUUGUAUAUCCAAAAAAAAGAAAAUUAACCCAUUAUCUCAGUCAAAGAAAAUCUUUAUGUGGGUAAACAAACGUCGUUCUUCCUUUUAUAUGCUAGUAUGUACGCAACAUUUGGGGUUUUUAUAUGAGUCAAGAUGAACUUUGAAUAUUAUUUUUACCAUUUUCAAACAGGAGAACUGGUUUGUGCAUUUGUAGGAGUUUCUCGUAUAAACUCUGCACCAGAGUACAUGUGUGGGUGUUCAGUUAGUGACCACUAUUAGAAAGCUAGACUGGAACAAAAUAGAUUUUUUGGUUUUCUGAUCUGAAUGUGUGUGUGCCUAUGUGCUAUAUAUAAAUAUAUAUGCAUUAGAAUGUGUGUGUGUGUGUGUGUGUGUGUGUGUGUGUGUGUGUGUGUGUUCGGGAGGAGAAUGAAAGAUGAGGUGAAUGCAGUUUGCUAACGUACUGUAGUUAGCUAACAGAUUUACGUGACUUCACUCUGAGUCCCUGUAAUAACAUCACAAUAACUCUGACCUCAAAGAUAUCAGUUAUAAAUUAAAAUAAUCCAAAUAUUUUGCCAUCUCAUAUACGUCUGUACAGUGCAAUGAGGUCCAACUCAACAUCACAAACUGCAAUCUCAAACAUGACGGUAGAAUGUAUCACAGUAUUAGUUAUAUUAUUAGUUUACUGAAAAAAAUAAAAUGUUAGUAGAGAUAAUUAGAUUAGUCAUCAAGCAUCCAUCAUAUACUUAUUAUAAAUAUAAUAUAUGUUAGUUACAUAAUAUUAAUUACUAGUUUGCACUCUACAGUUUCUAAUCUGUGCUCCAAACAAAAUCAAUUAAUUACAACCACAGAAAAAAAAACAAGAUUAUUCCUAUUUAAAAUUAGGAAUAGUUGAUCCAAAUGACUCGUGAUGCAUACUGUUCUACUGGACUUGUUCUUAAAGUAACAGUGUGUAGAAUUGUGUUUAGUGGCAUCUAGUGGUGAGGACUGUAAAUUGCAACCCGCUGAAACUUUUCCCAAGUGCCAAGCAUGAACUCCCAGCUUGGAUUACUUCACUGUUCAUUGUUCAGACGGUUUUUACCAGGGGUCAAAUUGCCUUCAGAGGUUUCUUCCCCCAAGACAAAGUGACCAAGUGAUUUAAACCAGUAAAAACAAUGAAUAAAGCAGUUUCACAUUACAAAUCAGUGCUUCCCUGAUGCUGUUGAGCAUGUUGGAGGUGGGCUGUUAGCCUAGCACCUGCUAAUGUAUGCUCAUUGUUUUUCUCUGACAAUUUAAGAUCUAGACGUUUUUGAGGUUUUAACCUGGUGCCAAAUUAUCUGCAAGGGUUCUGUCCUACCAACACAAAUGGAGUUAAAUCAGUUAAAAUACUGAAUAAAGCAGUUUCACGUUGAAAGUCAGUCCUUUGCAAACACAGUUCGGCUCGCUGCAAAGGGGGUGCUAAAAAUGGGAAUGAUCCUAUCUGGAGCCAGUGUUUGGUUUGUCCACGCUGGGCUACUGUAGAAACAUGACAGACUCCAUGGACGAGGACCCACUCCCUGUAUAGAUAUAAACGGCUCAUUCUAAGGUCACAAAAACAUGAUGAUUCUUAUUUUAUUAUAGCUUUAUAGCUUAUAUUUUUAUUUUACACUAGAGAAACAUUAUAUUAUAUUCCAUUCCUGCCAAUACUGUAUAUCCUCCAAAUCCUACACACUGAACCUUUAAGCCCUUUAAAGUUGUUGGUAUUUGCUUUAAGUAAUUCGGCUGUAUAUUAAAGUAUUAACAUAUUCAAUGUCAACAAUCUCAUCUGCUACUCACAGAUUCUACAGAGUCUGUCAGUAUUUGUCACCUCCUCACUAACCUCCUAAAUCAGACAGUUUACUCCCAGAAAUAAAAAACAGUCGAAACUGCAAUUUAACUGUGCAUCCUGAUGUCAGAAGACCUGUUAGUCAACAGCUCAACGUAAACAGACACAAUAACAUGUUUGUGGAUGCACGUAGUACAUUCUCAUGUCAUGUUAUUACAGGGACAAAUUGGAGUAAUGUCAUGUGCAAUUGCUCCUAUCAGUCUGCACGGGUUUGUCUACAGUUUACAGAAAAAGUUAAAAUUUAGCAUUGUUUAACUGUUUCAAUGUCAGCUUAUCAUGGCUUAAAUGUUAAAGACAAAACAUGUAAAUAACUCUGGUAGUCAGUACUGUAGAGGUCUGAGACGUUUAGUUCUGCUUACAGUAUGUCAAAAGUAAUUUAAAUGUGAAUUUAUAAAAGAAACUAUUUGAUAUAUUUUGGUUUAGUUUGCCUUUGUUGUAUUCCAUAACCAGCUUAAUAUGCAACCAGACCUCUAUUUGAUCCAAACAUUUGUUUGUACUUAUCAAUAGUAGUAUUGAAAUAUGUUUACAUAUCAGCAGAAAAUAUUCUUUAUCCAUAAUUUAUAUUUAAUACAAGUAUUUACUAAGCCCUGAUAAGCUGGCAGGUGCAUUUAUUAGUCCACCUAAAAGAUUUGUACAAAAGAGAACCAAGCAAAAAAGUUACAGUACUUGUAAAUACAUUUAAAUGUAUAUACACACACUAUAUCGCAAUUCUCUGAGUAACUGUUUUAUAUGUAUUCCUAUAUGAAGUGGGGUUAUCUGUGUAUUUUCAAUUCAGCUCAACUUGUUCUUGAAUUGUAUGUAAUUUCUAUAAUGAGAAUAUAUUGUCUGAAAGGUGUAAAGUAAUUUUCUUUUGGAUUCAUUUCAUAGGUACAAGUAUACUAUUAUGACUUUUUUCUUCAUUCAUGAAUUCUUUUUGUUGUCGAUAUGUGACAUAUAAGUAAUCUCUGAUUGUUUUGAGUGUCAGAAUAAAGCAGUUAUAAGAACAUUAUGUCUGCCUUCACACAUGGAUGUUGUUGAUGCUGUUGUUGUAAGAGUUUUCCAUCAUAUUCUGAUUUUAGGUUUAUUUUUUUGUUGUUGUUGUUUUGUAUGUGUGCACCUUAUUUGCAUUUACUCCCUUAGCCCUAGUGGUGUCGAGCCAAAAAGAUGGUUGCAAAUAUAUUUCUACAGUGGCCAAGAGAGCACAACCUGAUAUGACUCAAAAGGGCCAGUUCACCCCAAAAUCAAAAAUACUUAUAUUUUCUAAUACCUGUGGUGCAAUUUAUCAUUUAGAUUGUUUUGGUGUGAGUUGCAGAGUGUCAGCGAUAUUGGCCUCCCCUCUGAUGUAAUGGAACUAGAUGGCACUCAGCUUGAGGUGCUCAAAGCGCCAGUAAACGUAGAUUACAAACUCAACAGCAAUGUCUCUUUCCAGAUUUUCCAGAACUACACCAGCUAACUGUGUCACUGCGCAGAGGGAAGUGUGCCUCUACUGCUAGCUCACCUAGCACUUCUUAGCUACAUUACAGCUUAGCUGAGGAGGGCUCCAUUAGUGUUUACAUCUCAUGCUGUCACAAGCACAAGCCUCUUAUUCAUGAGUAGAUGCACGCUUCCUUCUGCGCAGUGAUACGAUCGGCAGGUGUAGUUUAGUAGGAAAAGAAAAAGUGCUCACAAGGUCUUUGGUUGUUUUUUUUUGAGUAACCAGAUAGUGAUGUCUGUAAAGAGACAUUGCUGUUGAGUUUUUCAAAUGUAUUUCUGAGGCACUUUGAGCGUCAUCAGCUGAGUGCCAUCGAGUUCCAUUGGAUUAUAUUGGAGUCAAGAUGCACAUCUCUACAGCUGAUAUCUCCCACGCUCUGCGACUCGCACCAAAGGAAAAAAUGUGGAUUUUUGGGAUGAACUAUCCCUUUAAGAAAACAAACAAAGAAAACAAAUUUUUCACUUGGACAAGUCAUACUCCACAUUGAGGAAAAAAACAUAGCAAAUAAAGAAAUGUUCACCAAUUUGACAACACCUGCACAAAGAAGCGUGCUCCAAAUAAAUAAAGUUGAGGCAAUCUCGGAACCCAUUGGCUAUCUAUUGAAAACAAUAAAGACGAGGGCCAAUAUUUCAGGCUGGUCUGGUGUAGCCAGCGGAUAUCAGGCUGGGCCUUUCUCCUCCUUGCUACAGUCAAUUCAGCUAAUGUCUAUAAACAGAUAUCUGCAUGUGAAUGCAUUCCACCAUUCCACAUGGACUGUUUACCUGUUGUUCUAACAUGAUUGGUCGAUACUACUCGGACUACAAACAGACUACAAAUGUAAACCAGAACGCUUCCAAUACCAGAGUUUUGUCCCGUUGCCAAUACAA